GCCCGGAGGAUGCCCAGGAGCCCGUCGGAGCCUCUCCGGAUGAGAACUUUUUAGGCUGCCCGCAGUCCCGGGGCCGCGCACCUGCAGGCGGGGGCCGAGGGGGGCGCCGCCGCGAGACUCCCCGCUCCUGCCGCGUUCCCCACCCUCACCGCACCCGCACCCCCCACCCCGUCGUUACCCCCCCACCCCAGGGCUCGGCCGCCCGCCGCUUUGUUCCGGGCGCGCGGAGGGGAUGCCCGAGGUGUAGGCGCCCGGCAGAGGCAUGGCUGCGGGAAGGUUGCUGCUCUACACCGGCCUCUCGCUAGCGCUCUGCGCCCUGGGCAUGCUGGCCGUGGCCAUCUGCUCGGACCACUGGUACGAGACGGACGCCAGGAAGCACAGGGACAGGUGCAAGGCCUUCAACACGCGUCGGGUGGACCCCGGCUUCAUCUACAACAACAACAACAACUUGCCGUUGCGCGCCAGCCGCUCGCGCCUGGAUCGCUGGGAGGGCAAACUCCUGCGGGCCCGCAACCGCCGGCAGCUGUUCGCCAUGAGCCCGGCCGACGAGUGCAGCCGCCAGUACAACUCCACCAACAUGGGCCUCUGGAGGAAGUGCCACCGGCAGGGCUUCGACCAGGACAUCGCCGCGCUCAUUCGCAAAGGAGAAAUUGAGCGAUGCACCUACAUCAAAUACCACUACUCCUCAGCCACCAUCCCCAGGAACCUCACGUUCAACAUCACGAAGACCAUCCGCCAGGAUGAAUGGCAUGCACUGCACCUGCGCAGGAUGACGGCGGGCUUCAUGGGCAUGGCCGUGGCCAUCAUCCUCUUCGGCUGGCUCAUCGGCGUGCUGGGCUGCUGCUGGGACCGAGGCCUUAUGCAGUAUGUGGCGGGGCUGCUCUUCCUCAUGGGAGGGACCUUCUGCAUCAUUUCACUGUGCACCUGUGUGGCCGGGAUCAACUUUGAGCUGUCACGAUACCCACGCUACCUGUAUGGACUCCCCGAUGACAUCAGCCACGGCUACGGAUGGUCCAUGUUCUGUGCAUGGGGAGGCCUGGGCCUCACCCUCAUCUCGGGGUUCUUCUGUACCUUGGCCCCUUCUGUCCAACCUGUCCCGAGGACCAACUGCCCUAAAUCCAGACCCGAGAAUGGGACAGUGUGCUAAAAUCCAAUCCCUCCAGACACCUCCCGCUCCCCAUAUAUAUAUAUAUAUAUAAAUAUAUAUAUAAUAUACAUAUAUAAAACUGAACUCAGUCAAGGCAAUGCCAGUGCCAAGGUGGAGAGGAGUUGGCUCGGGCCUCUCCAGGGACACUGUGGCCUCCUCUCCAAGGCGGGGCAAGGGUGCCCAUCCCAUGGCUCCUCCAUCAGUUCUUAACUGUUGGCUCCCUCUGUUCCCUGAAGACUGAGUGAACACUACCACUCUCCGUGGCAUCUUCACCCCUGUCCUCCACCAGGAUGGGGUGGUGGGCUGGAAAGGGACAGUGCCUGGAGUCUGUGGUUGCCAGCGGCCCAGAUGGAGAGCAGGAAGGGCCAUCCAUGGGGCCCCCAGGAGCGGAUGCCCCAAGCUCCUAGCCCCUGCCCCCAAUUCUCUCCCAGAGAGAUGAAGUGCUGAGGUCUUAGGCUGUCACUCCACCCUGGAGGGUAUCAGCAGAGCCCACUACUUCUCUUGCUCUUCCUGAUCUCCUGUCC